AUGCAGAGAACUUAUUUUCUUUUCGUUGGAGCUUUAGCCUUGCACUUUAUCGCAACUAGCUCAGGUAGCAUAAUUGUAGCCAACAACCAAAACAACACUGCUAGUGAUCUGAAUGCUCUUCUUGCUUUCAAAGCCGCCAUUUUCGAUCCUCAAAGGAUCAUUCCAACCAACUGGUCCACUUCUUCCUCUGUUUGCAACUGGAUUGGAAUCACUUGUAAUGCUCGUCAUCACAGAGUCGCAGCCAUUGACCUUUCUUACAUGGGAAUUGCGGGAACGAUACCUCCACAAUUGGGAAAUCUUUCUUUUCUCGUCAGGUUGAAUGUUAGGAAUAACAGCUUUCAUGGACAUCUUCCAACCGAGCUAUCUGGUCUGCGACGAUUGAAGUACAUCAACUUGGAAGGUAAUAACUUUGAGGGAGAACUUCCGUCAUGGUUGGGAGCUUUAACUGCAAUCCGAUACUUAUCCUUCCGAGAUAACGGAUUUUCUGGUUCAUUAUCAGGCAGGCUCUCUAAUUUCACAAAUUUAGAGACCAUCAGGUUGAGUUACAACUUUUUUACUGGAAAUCUUUCAGAAGAAUUCAGCGCUCUACCGAAAUUGACAGUAUUGGACAUUCAAUAUAACGAACUUGUAGGCCCUCUGCCACAGGCUCUGUUACCUUCCAGCACGUAUCUGCGAUUAUCUCCCACAACUCCAAGGGCUUUACUUAUCAUAUAA